UCAUGCUGCUGCCAGGUCCAGAGUGGUCUCAUGGGUCCCUGUACGGCCUCCCAUUGCUGCUGUCUCCAUCGCCACACUCUGCCAUGUGCCACUUUCAGGUCUCCUCACACUGCUGGUGUGUUCCAUUUUUUGUCAUAGGGUGCUGGCAGAUUACGGGCCUCCCAUUGCUGCUGCCAGGCCCUAAUCUGCCAUGGGCCCCUGUACACCGCCUCCUCAUGCUGCUGCCAGGUCCACAGUGUCUCAUCAUGGGUCCCUGUACGGCCUCCCAUUGCUGCUGUCUCCAUCGCCACACUCUGCCAUGUGCCACUUUCAGGUCUCCUCACACUGCUGGUGUGUUCCAUUUUUUG